UUUUUUUUUAAAGGAUCUAGUUCUGUCCUUGAGCCGUUCUUGUCUAUUAAUGUUGUGUGUUAUGUCCUCUUUCAUGUUUUGUGUGGACCCCAGGAAGAGUAGCUGCUGCUAUCGCAACAGCUAAUGGGGGAUCUUAAUAAAAUACCAAAUACAAUUGAAUAACUUUGUUUUUAAACUUCAUUUGACUGUGAAGCAUUAUGAUUUGAGCGGAAUCUUGAGAUUCACUGAUCCAGGAGAUGGAUGAAUAGAUUUCAGAUCUUUACUCUGUCCUAUACCCCAACAUUACAACCCAUGGGGACUAGAAAGUCUCUCUUAAAGGUUAAAGUGAAAUAUAUUGGGUUAAUUAAUCAUCUGUUGUCCAAAUGACAGGAAUCCAGCAUUUCGCUUCUCCCAGUCACUCACUGAUUUGUCAAACAUAGCUCAUAAGUGCAGAGACAGCCAGUGGGCAGUAGCGGUGUUUGGGUAAAAUCACCGGCGGAACCCCCCCCCCCCCCUCCAAAAAACAACAUAUUACAACCAAUCUGUUGUGUUAAUUGUGUUGUUUAAUCUACAACCUGUUUGUUCAUAUGCCUUGACACUGUGAUAUAUAGGCCUAAGGCCAAUACAAUAAGAAGACACAGUGACAGAUUAAAUUCAACCACACAUUUGUUUAAUAAAAAAACAGACGAGAUCCACAAAACAUAUUGCUUAUAACAAACAGUUACAUGACCUACAGCAGUGGUUCUCAACCAUUGGUACAAGAACACCUGGGAGUCCUUGUCCUAUCCACAGAGGGUACUUGAGAGGACUCAUGAGAACAUAAGCUUACUAGUAAAAUGCACAUGAGGGGGUACUUCAGGGGUAAUCUGGGCAAAGCAACAUUCAGUUGCUUGUGAAGUGACCAAAAAAGGUUUGGAACCACUGACCUACAGCAUGGUCAAAGAAGGUAAUGUUUCUGACAUUUUCUGAAUACUAAACAACUAUUGAUUUAGAACCAUGGAGAGUUACCACAAGUCGCAAAGAAAACAGGCGCUGCUCCCACUAUUCUAGCACCAUUUCAACUUCAACAUUUCAACAUCAUCCAAUCAGAUAUUCUUAUUAGUCUACUACAGUGAGAACUGUGAAUGGUCCUGAGCCAGGACCAUUCACAGUUGAGCUCAUCAACGCUGAUUGUCUGUUCUUUUAUACUUUUUUAAUCAAGGGAGGCCAAAUGCUCGCUGGCUUCCCUUGAAUUCAAUGCUACUGACGGCAACAAUGUCAUACUCAUUUUGACCAGACAGCAUUCGAUAGAUAAGCGACACAUACUGAGACAGAGGGACGCUGUUUCCUUCACUUGGAUGCUUUCUCUGGUGAGAUACAAUCAGCCUCUUGCAAAUUGAAGGAAAUGUAUGAAGCACUGCGAGAUUAAAGAUAAAUCAUUUUGUCUGUUUUUAUUACUUUGUUUGUCAAUUGUUGGGGGAAGCUUGUCAUUUUCCAAAUUCUUAACAUAUAAUACGAAUUGUAAUUUGUAACGUACCAUAAGAAUUGAAUGCUGGACAUCCACAAAUUAAUACAUACCACACAAACGUAACAUAUACAAAAUUAAGUGUCUCGGAUAAUACAGACGAAAUGUUCUGAGACCAGGUUGGAAUGAAGUUCGCAUUUGAUUGCAAGGCAAACUGUAAUUCGUUUUUAGUGUGCUUGAUGUGUGAAUGUUUUCAGAGAGUACAUAGCCUACCAUUGUGUUGGUUUCAUAGGUUGAUGGGCAACACUGACAAUUGCGCGCACAUAGAUAUUGGAUACAUUUAACACAUUUUACUGCAGGGCAUUGAACGAAGUUAAACUCAUAUCAUUUGGUGUGUAGAAGAUGCAUUUCUUUGCUAUUGGGGACAGGCAGGGUCGGGGUUGACUAGUAUCUCUAUUUGGAGGCCGCUCCCCUUCAUGCAAAACAUGUGCUAUUAUAGGUCAUUGGAGUCCGGUUACAACUGUAGAUGAAGAACACUCCUCACAAACAGGUUCUGAGCUGCUGGGAACGCCCUUGGACACGAAACCACCUGCUUUAUAAAGAUCCGACCGAGGACCAGAGAGAGUCAAAACAAAAACGAAAAGGAACAGGCACAAGAACAAACAAGAUAACUGCCGAACUCUCCCACAGCUUGGAACACGGAAAGCUGCACUGACACGAAAAAACAUCAAUCAGUCUCUGCUGCAGCAUUAAAAAAGGAGGGGCCACUUUCCAAAGGAUUAGAAAAUAAUUAGAGAAGGGUGGCACAAAUAGAUAAACAAACUAUCCAGCUCCGAUUAACAGUUACAACUGUUAUUUCUGAAAUAAGUUUGAGAAUCAACAACAGAGUCGAGAAAAUGAUGCAAAUCUCAGAAUCCCACCUGCAGAAGAACUCCUUGUUCAACUCCAUGAAUCGCUUCAUUGGAGCCGUCAAUAACAUGGACCAGACGGUGAUGGUGCCCAGCCUGCUGCGGGACGUCCCACUGGAAGAAGAGAGGGAGAUGGCCGCCCUCAAAAGCUCGGGAAACAGCGACAUCGAGGACGGCGACAUGUACAGCUACUACCAGCUCCUGAAGUCCAUCCGCUGCGACAUCGAGUGGGGAGUGAUGCGCGCCGAGAAGCUCAAGGAGAGCCGGGGUCCCAGCUCUCGGAUUGAUUCCGAGGAAGAAGAAUCGGAGGUGUCGUCCGAGGACGACGAGGUUAACCUGCAGAAGCAGUUCCAGUUCCACAUGACAGGGCUUCACGGGGUGCUGUCCAAGCUGACGCAACAGGCCAACACUCUCACCAACCGCUACAAGCAGGAGAUCGGCAUUGGAUGCUACUAAAGUGUAGUGUAAUGACCCGAGCGAACCCGCAUUCCCUGAUGAUCGAUGUUGUAUUAUUUAGCGCAAAGGAGUUGAACUGAACUGAAUAGUCUAUUACUUAUGAAAUUAUUUUGAAUAGAUGGAGAGAGAAAGAAAAAAAGAGAUGUAAUAUUUAACCUUUGUUGAUCCAAAGAAAUGUUGUGGUUGAACUGCAAUGUGGUAUACCUGGGUUCCAUUACCCCCUGUUUUGCACUCUGUUUUGCGCACUGUCUAUGUUUUAUGAGCCGCGAUCAAGCUUGACCCCUGCGUUCAGCUCAAGUGGUACACAUAUAAUGCAUAUUUAUACUUGUAUUUAAUAUUGAUGUAUAACUUAUUACCUCAUACUGUAUGUUUGAGAGCUGUAUAUUUCCUGGUUGAAGAAGUGCAUGACCGCAGACAUUUGGCUACAUUUUGAACAUCCCAUUAAGGGAUAAAUGCGCAUAGGAUUUAGCAUGUCUAAUGAUGCUAAUGUGUCAAAUAGUCUGUACAGGUUUUGUACUUCUUCCUAUUGUGUCUUUAUUAUGUCCUUAGCUAAAUGGAGGAGGCUUGACAGAUUCUUGCCUAUGAUCCCAAUGCUACCCUAUAUGAUCAAUGAACUGGAAUCAACAGAUGGUUCUUCUGAAAUAAUGAAUGAUUCAAAGAGAUCAUGUUAUUAUGGUGUUAUUGCCAUGGUAAUUAUGGAGAGGUGAAACUCUAAGACCAGUUAUUUAAUGUACAAUUUUAUGCUUUGGAUUGAAUAUAUUUGUAUGGAGAAAUAAACUUGUUUUUAUAACUGAAA